AACAACUACAACAUUAUUGCUCAUCGGCCGCGUAUGCGCCCUCUCACUGCUGUCUGAGAUCGAAAUCUUUGAAAACGUCCCCCGCCAAGGAAAUGGAAAACUUCGCUGCUUCGGUUGCCGUGUUGCGCAGCCUGGAAGAAGCUGGAGAGCUGGAGUCUCACGCUGCAAACGAGACUAGAUAAGUGCUCGGGCCCUAGACUUCCUCUCGAGGGGAAUCCUAAAAGCUCUUGUGGAGGGCGGGGGAGACAAGGCUUCUCUCCGAGCCCGCUGGCGCGUUUCACAACCUUGUUCUGGACUGGGAUCCGUUGCACAUAUCGGCAACAUUGCUUUGUUCGAAUUAUUUAUGUGUUGCUUUCGAAAGUGAGAGAAACUGCACAAACAUCCCAUAUGUUGCGAUGGAAUAAUGGGGCCAAUUCAAUCUCUACAAAACAGGAGCAAGACUGCUUGCAGGAGGCCUCGUUAAUAUUGCCCUAACUUGGAAGGAUAGUUAUUUAAUACGAAUUGCCAUCGUUCGCCCUCCUGACUGACGCUCUUUGCUCACGGGUCGGGUCAGAGCAACAGUCAGCUGGCUGGUUGUAACAAGCGUGCUCGCUAGCUAUUUAACUAACCCUAGCACUGUUAAGUUAGCAUCGAUUGCUUCUGGCAUGGCAGGGUCCAAACAAUCGAGUUAUUUUUUAGUGAUCGAUCCUGUGCUCAAGCCAAACGGAGUUCAAAAGCAGGUUUAUUCCCUUGCCUCCUUGCCUCCCUUCCGCCCGCUCUCCCGCCUUUUCGCGCUGGCCCCUUGAGGGCCAUGACACAAACGGUCCAAGCGAUACUUUGUCACUGACUUGGGCUGGCUUGAGCUUCCCACCUAAAAUUCGGACCUAAUCAAGAAAUCCUGAAGAAAUACCUAACAGGCUCAUUGAAGCCAUUUUUCAAGCACCCACUCCAAGAAUGGUAGUAUCGACCUGGGAAUCCGAUAGAACUCCAGACCUUUUCUAGAACAAGCUAGGAGAAGGAUAGACACAUCUGCUCUUGUACUCUGAGAAUGAGAGUCCGUCAAUACUCCGAACUACAAACUUGAUUUUAUAUCAGAAUAAUCAAAGAUCGCUUCAACGGGAGUCCCACAUGGCCCGGUGUAUGUACAGUACUAUGUAGAGCAUAAAAUGGCUAAAUUUAGAAUGUAUUUCAUUAGUUAAAUAAUAUACAGCGUCACGACCUGCCAAUGAGGGUGAAGUGGAUAGGCUGGUUGUUAACUUGUUAAUGGAAUCGAAAAGCAGCGAUGAUUGCCGGAACAAAGAAUAAAGAUGCGAUGCUCGGCGGUUUCCCAGAGGACCAACAGCGUCAUCGGCAGAAACAGCACAAGCUCCACCUGCUAAAUAGCUUAAUAAUAAUAUCACAUAGUCAACAACUACAACCAAGCUCCGAAGACCACAUUUACUAUUGCUAAAGAUUUUACUGCAGUUACUGCUGGCCCUACCUCCACCCGCCUACAAUAAGAAGGAUUAUUUCACGAAGCGAAGGCGACCAUGCGUCAUCACCCAUCAACUUGCGAAACCAUAUAACCUCGAAUGAAACACACUGCCCAGCGAAGCUCCAGUGGAGCACACCGUUGACUCCUAGUGCGGACGGAACAUGUCUGGGCCGAGAAGAGGCUAUAUCGGCGACGAGGAGCUGGGCAAAAAGUUCGACGACGACCGCGCUCGAAAAUCCACACAGUUCAAACCAAGGUCGGGCAUAUCAUCAUGGAAAUUUCCCCGAAGGAGACGCAUUCUCCUCGCCUUCAUUGGCAUAUUUAUCCUCUAUCUACUCUUUAAGGCCAUACCCCCCUCCAAUUUAACCCCCGCGACGAAGCCCUUCCACGCGCUCAAUAACGGCCGGCCCCAGCCUGAUGACCCUGACCAACAAAAAUCAGAUGGAAGCUCCAUUUCAUCAGAAACCCCCCCUGAACCCCCUCCUGAUACGACAGACAAAAUCCUCCGCGAUGGCUCGCGUUCUUAUAGUGGGCCAAUAAAGUUCUACUCUCUUGCCAAAUCGUUGUACACUGUGCCAGGAUUCGAGUUUCUCGGUCGUCCUAAAGCCGUGGUCUUUGCGGCGGCGGAUUUGCAGGCUCUUUCUGACCUUCUACCUUUAGCCUGUGAGAUGGCGAGGCAGAAGCUGAACCACGUGCAUUUUGCGGUGAUGGGGAGGAACGACGUGUCGGUGCAGGGAAUACGGAUGGUUAAUGGCGUGGAUGCGGAGGAGUGUCCCUUGCUUUGGCAUGAUGCACGUCCCGACUAUGCCCCUCAGUCUACCGAUGCCCGUAUGGAAUCGAGUGUAAUCGCCGGGCUGUCCCGUAUUAACAACGUCUUCCGUCCCAGCGUUGUGAUUACUCACAGCUAUAAACGCGAGGAAGAUUUCCUUUGGAAAGGGGUCAAAGUCAAAGCAGGCCGGAUGGGCCUGCCUCAUAUUAGCCUUCCAGCUCGUGCGAGCAACUUCAUGUGGUUGUCAAAGCUGGACUCUGGCUCACUUGGAGCUUGGAACAAGGUCGAUUUGCAAAUACUCGUGCAAGCACCACCAGCCUCCUCAGGCUCCCUAACUCGAUUACUCCGUUCUCUUCAAAGAGCGGAUUACUUUGGUGAUGCCCCUGGACUAACCAUUGAGCUGCCACACAAUGUUGAUCCUCCUUUGCUUGAACACUUGAAAUCAUUCAAAUGGCCACCAAAUAGUGCGCAUAAUCAUUUCACCCUCCGACGGCGAAUACAACCUGGUAGCAUCACUCCUCAAGAAGCAACACUUCGAACGGUCGAUUCAGUCUAUCCCAAAGACCCGGCCUACUCACAUGUCCUCGUCCUCUCUGCCCAGGCGGAUCUUGCACCGUCCUAUUACCACUACCUCAAAUACGCCAUUCUCAAAUAUAAAUAUUCCGUUUCCACCGAGGAGCCCUUGUGCUCGCUUUUGGGAAUAUCCCUCGAACUUCCGUCUGCUGCACCUACUGUCGAUGAUGAACCGUUUACCCCACCAACCGAAUCAGACCGUAUCGACAUCCUUCAGGAUCCCGAAAAGGAAAUCCCAGUCUUUCUUUGGCAGGCCCCCAAUAGCAACGCAGCUCUAUAUUUCGGUGACAAAUGGGUUGAAUUCCAAUCAUUCCUUUCUAACCGUCUUGGCGCCGCCCGUGGUCCAGAUCCAAAGAAACACCCCAAUCUCAUUUCGAACAAGUUCCCAUCAUGGAUGGAAUAUAUGCUUGAACUAAUCCGUGCCCGGGGCUAUUAUCUCUUAUAUCCUUCUUUCCCCGCCACCACAACCGCCCACACCGUGCUAGCAACUAUUCACAACGACCUAUACCGCUUACCGGAGGAGUACGCCUCCGAUCCACAGACGUCUAAUCCCACCUUCAAAAAACCAGAAAAAACCGACGAUGACCAUCUGGUCAGCGGACCCGACCAGCUGCUUAUCGGCGGCUCCUCGUCGAUGGAAGCACCACCACAGGAAGUUGAUUUAGGCUCCAUCGAGAAACCCCUAGCUACAUCUCCGUCGAUAUCGACCCUCCUAAAUCUAUUCCCAGCAGGAUUACCGAAGGAGAUAUCCCCUGUGCAUGUCUUGCCGUAUUCGCGGAAAGACACCUCCUCCCCUGACUUGGUUGAGAGGACGCAGGCGUAUUUGAAGGAAUUCCGGGAGAGGAUUGGCAGGUGUGAUGCUCACGCUCAGCAGCCGCAGGCGGUCGAGGAUAUGAAGGCAGAUGAUCUAUUCUGCUCAAAGGACGAGGAGAGGAGGGGAGCUGAGUGAUAAUCUGUAUACUCGUUUGUAACAUAUUCCAUACGUGGCUUGUCCACUAUGGUUGUCUAAAAUAUAUAUCGCUGGCCAGCAUGCCUCGUUCAUUAUUACUAUUAUUAUUUUAUUUAUUUGGUUGUUCAUUUACUUCAUUUAUUUAACUUUUCAUAUGAAAUUCAGAAGUGGCCCAUAGCAUAGGCAAUAAAUUUGUGGUUGUCUUGUAUUCCCGUCCAUAGUUUUUUCUGUUCACAUCAUCUGUUCCCUUUGCAAUCAAUCUAAAGUGCACAUACUUCCAAAGGGCAUUUGCUGGCACUUGCUGGAUAUUAUUAGACUAAUUUCUUUAAUUGCUCACGUAUACCUAAUAUAUAAUCCCCCUAUUAGCAAAGCUAACUCUGCACACUUCUAGUUGUAGGCAGCGGCAAUUGCGCACGUCAUGUGACCCACUUGCAUUGCUUAUGUAACUUCUUUGCUAGUUACGUGCUGGAGCUCCGGUUUG